CUUACGAUCUUCCCAUUGCAGAAUCAAAGCAAAGUUACAAACAGUCUGGGAGUUAACCCACAAGACGUCAAAUGUGACUGCAUUGGUCCUCCUGAUCGGGGGUCAAACCUUCGAAAAGUCAGGUACUACAUCCCACCCAACGAAACGCCUCUGGAACAGCGGUACAGAGAAGCGAGGGAAGCAACACAGGACUGGAACCAAACCUUUUGGGCUUCUCAUAAUUCUAAAUUCAAACAGAUGAAGGAAGAAUUCGUACAGAUGCGGCUAAAGGAGAAGUACGGCAGCCAGGCAACUGAACGCAGGACUCUCUCAGCUGAUGAAAUGGCCGUGUUCUACAAACAGUUCCUCGAUGACCACAGGGUAAUACAUCAAGAGUACAAUAGAGAAUGGUACAAAAAAAAUGCAAAUAAUAUUCUCUUAGCUGCGCGAGUCUGGAUGCAGCAGAAAGGGAGAUCUCGUUGAGAAAUCCCAAUGAAUUAUGAAUAUUUUGUAGAUAUUUGUAUUGUGAGAAACAUGUUUUUGCCAGUGUAUAUGUGAGCAGACUAUGUAAUGAUAAUAUUAUCCAUGUCUAUAGAGUAAUCUUUGCUCUUCAUUUAUGGUUUUACUACAGCCUUAGUGCAUAACAAUUGCUGUGAUAAGUUUGGUUAUUUGCUGUGAAUAAUCCAAACCCUUUCAAAACCAAAAAGA